CGCUCGAUCACAGAUGUCUUCGGUGCAAGCCAUUAACUCUGAAUCCACUUAUCAAGCGAUAUAAACGCGUUAAAACACUUUUAGCACGAUCUUUUUGUAAAACACGGAUCACGGAUGCACUACUAAAAGGUUUUACAGCAAUGUCGUCAAAAGAGACCAUGCGUACGAGACUUGCGAAGAUGAAAGCAUAUAUCAAAUGAUAGACGAAGGAUUUGCUGUGGGAGAAUAACAUAAAAGAUGCCUCGAGUUGACCGGCACAGUUUCAAGCUGAGAAAUCCCUCCUACAACCCUCAUUUGGGCAUUCGUGGGCUGGUGGUGAUGACGUCAUUGGGCGCUCGCGCUCCUAAUAAGGCUAUACCUGGCAAGUGCAUUAUUCGCCAUGACUCCAUCUUCAAGGCCGUCUGGGACUGGGUAAUACUCGUGUUCGUCAUUUACACGGCGUUCGAGAUUCCUUUUUCAGCCACAUUCCUUUUACCACAGGAACUGUCGCGUAUGAAGUCCAGUAGCCGAUUCGCAGCACUUGUCUCAGGCUCCCCCCUCGCCAUAUGCAACCUUUGUGUAGAUCUCCUUUUCGUAGUGGACAUUCCCAUCAACUUCCGCUCAACCUACGUCAGAGAGGGCACAGACGAGCUUAUUGUUAACCCCAAAAAAAUCGCGCUUAACUACUUCAAGAGCUGGUUCCUGAUCGACUUGCUGUCCGCGAUCCCGUUUGAGUUCAUGGUGGACCACCGCAAGGAUGGAGUAAGUAACCAGGGAGCCACCACACUUAUGGGGCUCCUUAAAACCGCCCGCCUUCUUAGACUCGUCCGGAUUGUCCGAAAAUUCGACCGGUAUUCCGAGUACGGUCAAGCCGUCAUCAUUUUACUGACGUGCUUCUUCCUCCUCGUCGCUCAUUGGUUGGCUUGUAUCUGGCACGCGAUUGGUCAAGCGCAGCUCGGGGACCAUAACAGUUGGAUCGAGAAGUUAUCCCGCCACAGUCAACACGUUUCAUCGGGAAAUGUGACGCACACACCUGGCCUUCAGACACGGUACAUCACGGCGCUCUAUUUCACCAUGACGAGUUUGUCUAGCGUGGGGUUUGGGAACGUGUCGCCGAAUACGAACGCAGAGAAGGUUUUCUCAAUCUUGGUUAUGAUCGUUGGAGCCUUGAUGUACGCAUCCAUAUUUGGAAAUAUGACUGCGAUCAUCCAGCGGUUGUACUCACGAACAUCACGUCACCGGCGCAACCUGCGCAUCAUCCAGGAUUUUGUGCGCUUUUACAAGAUCCCGCGGAACCUGCGGGACGACCUCGAAGAAUACUUCCGGCACGAGUGGUCGUACACCAAGGGCAUGGACAUUGACACAGUUUUGAAGCGCUUCCCAGAGUCCCUACAGGCUGACAUCUGCGUCCACUUGCACAAGAAGCUAUUCGCUGAGUGUUCCGCGUUCCAAUGUGCGAGUGAGGGGUGUCUUCGUGCGCUUGCGAGACGGUUCGAUAUUCGGCGACAUCUUCCUGGCCAAUACCUCAUCAAACAAGGUGACGAGGUCAAGAAGCUUUACUUUAUCGCUAAAGGCUUUGUCGAGGUGCUCAAGGACGGACAUUGUGAGCUGGUGCUAGGGAAGGGAGACGUUAUCAGUUGUGACUAUACAUCCCGGCAGUCCUUGCGCACCGCCAAGGCGAAUGCGAGCCUUCUAAUUCAAACCUACUGCCAGAUCCACGUGGUCGAUUGGCAGGACUUACUCUCCGUACUCAGGGUCUAUUCCAAGUUUAGGGAAAGUUUUACAAACCACCUUAAGCUCGCCUAUAACCUCGAUGACUCGGAGAUCGAGAGUCCCCUUUACCCGCCCCUGAACCAACACGUGUACAACCCAGAGCACAUCGAGAUCGGCUACAACAACCGGCCGGACUGCAGCAUCGUGAGUAUCGAGACAAAGCUCGAUAGUCUGGAACGAAAGCUGGAAGAUUUCGACAAGAGGUUCACCGAGAUGAUGAGUAAUGUACUUCCAUUAGUUAAAAGACUGACAGACGGACCAGAAUGCACCGAUUCGCCACGCGACACUGGCACGCGACACAUCGCGGAGAUCAAUCACGUGGCCAAAUGAAACGGGAGGGACGAGAGGCAAGGGCUAUAUAUAGGCAAGAGACGUACCGACAGGAUCCCCGAAAGCUGUUUGAAGAAAGCAGGGGUUGAUAAACCGGACAUGUGCUUAAGGAGCAGCUAUGAAGAAAGCAUUGGUGGGCUGGGAGCAACCCUCCCUUAAAGCAAAGGGAUGAGUGGAUACAAGAAAGAUGUGUAUGGUGAAAUGCAAUGCUACAAAAGAAGGAAGGCAUAGUGCUAUGGUGGAACGCGGAUAUAUCGAAGCACAAAAGACGUAGCCAGAAGGAAGUCAUAGGUUAAGCUUGUAUCACCGCUUAAUGUAACAACUGCCGCCUAAUGUAACACAAAUCGCCGCAUGUCACACUAAAGCUUAAUGUAACAAAAAUCGCCACUUAAUGUAAUACUAACGCUUAAUGUAAGAACAAAUCAACGCUAUAUAUUAAAACAGUUAACGCUUAAUGUAAGAAAUUUUCAACGCUUAAUCUAAUAACGGACUUAACGCUUAAUGUAAGAACACUCGACGCUUAAUGUAAUAACCAUAAAUUUAACUAAGGACGAAAAUACUCAUAUCUCGUGAUAAAAAACAUCGUCGGACAACCACACUUGGAGAAUGUCAUGUUGGUGUCAAGGGGGUGCAUAAACAGUCAUGUGAGAUAUGACGUCAUGCAAACGAAAAUACUCAAAUCUAGUGAUUGAAACAUCGUCGUACAACCACACUUGGAAAAUGUAAUAUCUCUUGAUAGAAACAUCGUCAGGCAACCACACUGCGAUGACGUCACACCUUACAUGACUGUUUAUGCACCCCCCUUGACACCAACAUGGAGACUGGGGACUCAGGCAUAAACUUCAUAUGUAAAAUAUCUGUAAAACAUACCGCGUUUUUUUAAUAAGAAAGAGGGGGGUUGGGGUAUUGCGAUUCUCCAAUAAGGGAAAAACGCUUUUACGGUUGAGGGUGGGUGGGGCCUGCUAGAGCCUACGAGACUACUAUGCAGACAAUUUUGCUCCGAUAGAGCAACCCUCCCUUAAAGCAAAGGGAUGAGUGGAUACAAGAAAGAUGUGUAUGGUGAAAUGUAAUGCUACAAAAGAAGGAAGGCAUAGUGUAUGGUGGAACGCGGAUAUAUCGAAGCACAAAAGACGUAGCCAGAAGGAAGUCAUAGGUUAAGCUUGUAUCACCGCUUAAUGUAACAACUGCCGCCUAAUGUAACACAAAUCGCCGCAUGUCACACUAACGCUUAAUGUAACAAAAAUAGCCACUUAAUGUAAUACUAACGCUUAAUGUAAGAACAAAUCAACGCUAUGUAUUAAAACAGUUAACGCUUAAUGUAAGAAAUUUUCAACGCUUAAUCUAAUAACGGACUUAACUCUUAAUGUAAGAACACUCGACGCUUAAUGUAAUAACCAUAAAUUUAACUAAGGACGAAAAUACUCAUAUCUCAUCAUUGAAACAUAACGGACUUAACGCUUAAUGUAAGAACACUCGACGCUUAAGUAAUAACCAUAAAUUUAACUAAGGACGAAAAUACUCAUAUCUCAUCAUUGAAACAUCGUCGGACAACCACACUUGGAGAAUGUCAUGUUGGUGUCAAGGGGGUGCAUAAACAGUCAUGUGAGAUAUGACGUUAUUAAAACGAAAAUACUCACAUCUAGUGAUUGAAACAUCGUCGUACAACCACACUUUGAAAAUGUCAUAUCUCGUGAUAGAAACAUCGUCGGGCAACCACACUGCGAUGACGUCACACCUUACAUGACUGUUUAUGCACCCCCCUUGACACCUACAUGACAUUCUCCAAGUGUGGUUGUCCGACGAUGUUUUUUAUCAUGAGAUAUGAGUAUUUUCGUCCUUAGUUAAAUUUAUGGUUAUUAAAUUAAGCGUCGAGUGUUCUUACAUUAAGCCCAUUAAGUCCGUUAUUACAUUAAGCGUUGAAUUUUUCUUACAUAAAGCGUUAACUGUUUUAUUAUUACAUUAAGCGUUGAUUUGUUCUUACAUUAAGCGUUAGUAUUACAUUAAGCGGCGAUUUUUGUUACAUUAAACGGUGAUACAAAGCUAUGGUGGAACCCCGAUAGAUCGAAGCACAAAAGACGUAGCCAGAAGGAAGGCAGAGGUUGAGCGAUGGAGGAACUCCGAUAGAUCGAAGCACAAAAGACGUAGCCAGAAGGAAGGCAUAGGUUGGGCGAUGGAGGAACCCCGAUAGAUCGAAGCACAAAAGACGUAGCCAGAAGGAAGGCAUAGGUUGAGCGAUGGAGGAACUCCGAUAGAUCGAAGCACAAAAGACGUAGCCAGAAGGAAGGCAUAGGUUGAGCGAUGGUGGAACUCCGAUAGAUCGAAGCACAAAAGACGUAGCCAGAAGGAAGGCACAGGUUGAGCGAUGGUGAAACCCCGAUAGAUCGAAGCACAGAAGACGUAGCCAGAAGAAAGGCAGAGGUUGAGCGAUGAUGAAACCCCGAUAGAUCGAAGCACAAUAGACGUAGCCA